AGGCUUUUGAUCAUAAUAUUUCAUCCCGGGAAUCUGUUUUCCGAUAUCAUGGAUGUGAUUUUUAUGCCAUCUACAGCUGAGAAAUCCGUUUCUCCAAACAAACAAUUCAAGAAUAAUAUUCUAAGGAGAUACAGCAGUGGAGCUGCUUUCGUUUCGAAACAAAAUGAAAAUCUAUCUUACAACACAAGCAUCAUCCAUGGCGGAGGAGGAGAAAGUCUUUUGUUUGCUCCUCCGCCGUCUCUUUCCUUCUCUUACAACCCUUCAGCUCCGCUUCUGAAUCCAUUAUUCUAUCAAAACUAUCAGAAGCAACUGCAACCACCUCUCCUUCCACUCCCUAACAAGCCUCUCCAUAGUUCCCUCCCUUCUCGAACUCGAAGCCUUUCAUCGUCUCCUUCUAACGUGAAAAAUAACAAAAAAAGAGACCCAAAGAGAUCAAAAUCAAAACAACUCACUCCUAAACCAGUAGAAGAGCCAAAGAAACUUCAACUCAAGUCACCAGCAGAGGCAACAAAAACAAAAGCUGUAAACAAGCCCUUUCUCAUGGCGUCAGCUAAAGAUUUGGAAUGGGCUUCAAGUUCUAUCUUUAAGCUCUCUCCACCACCUAGCAGCUUGCCUUUGCCUAGCUUUUCUCUUAGACCAAAGCUUAGUUGCAACGCUGAAGCUGCUUCAGCGGAUGAUGAUGGAGUCACCAACAAUCGUCGACGAAUCCUUCGUCUCCCUUGAGAGUCCGGUUUGGUUUUUGGUUCGCCGGUGCUUCAAAGGCCUUAAUAAUAAAGGACACGUUUCCUUUUCUCACUUUGCGCCUCAGAGUUUUUUUAAAGUUGAGGGUCAUAAACUGGAAAGACAAAAGAUGGAGCAAAGAGAGAGUUUGCUUGC